CUCAAGAGAAGGGAAACGAAAAGAAAAAGCCCAGGGGAAGGAGGGAGGGGAGGCUUCAACUCCACCUCCCCAUGGCUUCUCCCUCCUCUUCUCGCCCUCCUCCUCCUCCUCGCUCUCCCCUCUUCACCCCUAUUUUGGAACACGAGAAAGAGCAAGAAGAAGAGGUGCUGGCAGCUAGAAACAAAGACACAACAGCAGCUUCUCAGUCUUACAAGCACCAACCUACUCCUCUCCACCCUAGCUCCUCCUCCUCCUCCAAAUCGACGGCUUCGAAGAAGCCUUCUUCCAGAUCCAACGGCGCGGAGGUCGCCGUAGACGACCGCUCCGUAUCCUGCACCAACUGCCGGCCCUCCACACGGGAGAAGAUCUCCGUCGUCCCCCUCGACAUCAACGGUCUCAAGCAACACAUCUCCUCCCUCAGCCCCUCCCCCGCCCGCCUCCUUCGCUCCCUCUUCCUCUCCCACGCUCGCCGCAGCCCCCACUCCUCCUCCUCCGCCGGCCCCUCCUCUUCCUCCGCCGCUGCCGCCACCGACGAGUGGCGCCUCGCCACCGCGGAGCUCUCCCGGAAGCUCGUCCACGCCACCCAGAAGCGCGACGAAGCCCUACUCGAGUCCUCCCGUCUCAGGCACUCCCUCGCCGAGCUGGAGCACAAGCUCGGCCGGCUCGAGUCCCACUGCCACGACCUCCAGGCCGCCCUCGACCGCCGCUCCUUGCCAAACCCGGUCCAGACCGCCUCCCUUUUUCCUGUCGAGACCUUCCUCCGUGCGGUCUCCGACGCCCGCUCUGCGGUCCGCCACCUGAGCCGCUCCCUCUCCGCCCAGCUCCGGCCGGACCGGAUCGCGGCCCUAAUCCAGCCUCACGACGCCAGAGUCGCCGGCCAGUGGCGGAAAGCACCGGGCGGCCCGCUCUUCUUCAUGGAGGCCCUCCUGAACCGGGUCUUCUACGCGGGGUUCGAGGAGGGAGAGCCGGACGAGGCGCUCGAUCCGGCGGCCCGGUGCGAGGCGAACCGGAAGGCCUACGAGGCGGUCCGGGGGCUGGGAUGGGACGAGGUUCUGAGCAAAGGAACCCGGUUCUACAGCGAAGGGUUGAGCCGGUUCUGUGACCGGAAAAUGAGCGAAGUGGUGGGGAUGCUGGGGUGGGCCAAGGCCUGGCCGGAGUCAUUGCUGAAGGCGUUCUUCGGGGCGGCGAAGGGGGCGUGGGUGGUGCGGCUCCUGUCCCGGUCCGUGCACCCGGCGGUGCCGGUACUCAGGGUGGACCGGGGGUCCCGGUUCGACCCGCGGUUCAUGGAGGACGUGGCGGCCGACCGCGUGACCCGGCUCGAAGCGGUGAGCGUGAGGAUGAUGGUGGCGCCCGGGUUCCACGUGUAUACCAGCGACUUUGGGGUGGUCAAGUGUAAGGUGCUCUGUUCGUACACCAACGGUUGUAAUGGUAACAGUAAUAAUGUGUGAUGGUCGGGGUACUCGUAAUCAUGUCCAACGGAGAUGGAGUGGAGAGAGGUUUUCUUAUCAGAAAAAAAAAAAUGUAGAGAGAGGUUUGAUUAUUUUUGUUUAUAAGGUUUCUGGAUGUGAAAGGAAAUAGGAUAUAGGUUGUGUUUAUGAUAA